AUGGAUGAUCAACGGAAAACGCCGAAGGAAGAUCUAGAUUUGGAUGACAGGAGAUCGCAAAUAAUCGAAGUCUCGCCUGUCGCCGAAACCCGAUGGCAGUACCUAUAUCGAUACUUCACGACGAGAGAGGGAUGGAUCGGAGACUAUGAUUACCUUUACCUUGUGACGCCGAAUAUCUGGCCCUUGAACAAGAAGUACAAGGACUAUGAGGCCCCAUUCUACGGAUUGAACGAUGAAGUCCCCAUUCUCCUCACGAUCAUUCUGGGCCUUCAGCAUGCCUUGACUAUGAUCGGAUCCGUAGUAUCACCGCCUCUGGCCCUUGCAAGUGGUGCCUUUUAUCUCUCCUCAGAGCAGAGUCAGUACCUUGUCUCGGCAGCUUUCAUCACCACCGGAAUUGCAACAGCUAUGCAGGUGACUCGGGUUCAUUUGACAAAAACACCCUUCUAUAUCGGCACCGGCCUUCUAUCUGUAGUCGGUCCAACCUUUGACAUUCUGGCUAUCGCAUUUAGUUAUGCGAGCAUGCGUUAUGCAAAUGGAACAUGUCCUACCUCUUCUGAUGGAUCGAGACUUCCCUGUCCUGACGCCUGGGGUGCCAUGCUUGGUACCAUUCUUUGCACGGUUUGGAUUCAGAUCUUGUUAUCAUUCGUUCCGCCGAAGACCCUCAAUAGGAUCUUCCCAAAGAUAGUGACUGGUACACUCCUUCUACUCGUCGGGGUGUACUUGAUUUCCAGUGGAAUGGAAAACUGGGGAGGUAGCUCGAACUGCAACGGCGGCCAGGGCUAUUAUGCCCUGUGCCCUGACACUGCAGCACCAAAACCACUCCGCUGGGGGCACCCAAAGCUCAUCGGUCUCGGAUUCAGCGUUUUUGUGACAAUUAUCAUCGUCGAGCUUUUCGGGUCACCACUCAUGCGCUCCGCAUCUGUUGUCUUUGGGCUGGCAGUUGGAUGCGCGAUAUCCGGCGCAACUGGAUAUUGGUCACGCGGUAAUAUCGACGCCGCUCCAGUCGCGACAUUUCUCUGGGUUCACACUUUCAAAUUGUCAGUGGAUGGAGCAUUGGUAUUGCCUCUUCUCAUCCUCUUUAUUUGCGAGGCUGUCAGCUGCAUGCCAGAUAUUCUGGCUACUGCCGAGAUUUCUGGUGUGGAGAUCGAUGGCAUCGAGUUCAACAGCCGCAUUCAAGGGGGCAUCCUAUGCGACGGCAUUGGCAGUCUGAUCAGUGCUUUGGGUACGGGCUUGCCGAUGGUUAGCCAGGCCGGAAACAACGGUGUGAUCUCUUUGACUGGCUGCGCUAGCCGAAGAGCAGGAUGGUGUGCUUCAGGAUUCUUAAUUCUAAUGGGAAUCUUCGGCAAGUUCGGCGCUGUCUUUGGCUCUAUGCCUCCAUCUGUUCUCGGGGGAAUGCAAGUCUUCCUCUAUAGCACGAUUGUCGUUGCAGGUAUCAAAGUUCUCAGUCUGGUUGAAUUUACGAGACGCAAUCGCUUCAUUCUCACGACUGCACUGGGUAUUGGCUUCAUCGACAUUGUGUCGCCCAGCUGGUUUUCCCAGAUCUUGGAUUAUAGCGGUUCAAAUGUGCGACUGCAGGGCUUUGAACAGGGUAUUAACUUGAUGGUGGAGACUCCGUUCAUCAUCGCCGCCGUCGUCGGGGUCUUUAUGAAUUUGGUUCUUCCGUAUGAUGGAAAUAAGAAGACAGGGCGUGAGGGACAUCCUGCACUCCCUACCUAA